AUGUUAGAACAAUCGCUCUUCAAGGAGGGGUUCCAGGAUGCCAUUUGGUUGACCGAAAGUCCCCCUGACGCGGGCAAGCGAUUUAAGUUUGCGAAUAAUCUUCUCUCGUUUAUGGUUCACUUUGGCUUCGAUGGUGUCGAUCUUGACUGGGAAUAUCCCGGUGCCAGCGACCGCGGAGGAAACAAAGAGGACGUCAAAAAUUACGUCUUGUUAAUGAAGACCAUUCGUGAGAAGUUUAAUUCGUCCGCUAGAGUCUACUAUGGGUUGUCAUUCACCAUCCCAACUUCAUAUUGGUACCUGAGAUGGUUUGAUGUACCUGAACUACUCAAAUAUGCCGACUGGGUGUAUGGGACGAAAACAAUCCGAUUGGAACACCCGCACACCAACUUGACAGAGAUCAAACAAUCGUCGGAGCUCCUGUGGAGAAAUGAUGUUGCACCUGCCAAGGUUAUGUUAGGUGUUGGGUUUUACGGACGCUCGUUCCAUCUGAAAAACACAAACUGCACCAAGCCUGGAUGUGACUUCCACGGUGAUGCCCAAAAGGGAGACUGUACAAAGUCGUCUGGUACUCUGGCAUAUUUCGAGAUCCAGGACAUUAUCAGAAAGGAGCACAAGAAUGCCACUUACGACCACGAUGCUGCCGUAAAUUGGAUUACCUAUGGUGAUGAUCUCGACAACUGGGUCAGUUGUGAUGACGCGAAAACCUUGAAGCAGAAAGUGGAGUACGCAGAUGAAGUCGGCCUUGGUGGAGUUAUGAUUUGGAGUGUUGACCAAGACAAUGAAUCAUUCACAGCCCUCGAAGGAUUGAUUGGGAAGCCACUGCCUUCAUACCACAACAACCAAAAGCGAACCCACCUUUUGGACAUCAACCAUUGGAAAUCGCUGAAUGGUUAG